AUGGAUUACCCUCUCGUAGACAAACCGGACAGCCCUCCGCCACCGCAGGCCGCCAGUGGGCCCCACGCUCGGCUCCCGGCCCAACACGAUGUGGCCCACCUGAAAAAAGAAGAGCCCCAUUGCAUGAAACAAGUCAGUGCAUCCCCCGCGAAGCGGCCGGAAACUGAAGGAGAAUUUGAACAAGAACGGCCACAGCAAGGCGGCGGCCGCCGGAGUCAGGCCGCCGUGGGCGGCGGCGAUGAUGCCGAGCUUUGCUAUGGCCGCCAUUGGCAAAGCCAUGAUAGAGACUCUUUAAUUUAA